AUGUAUGGUAAAACUUUUGAGAUUAGGUUUUAGAAAAUACGAGAAAAAAAAAUUCCUGACUACUUGUUCUUCGGCCCCGCUCGUUCUCAGAUUCUCAAUGGCCGCCGCCGCUAUUGCCUUCAGCUCUACUGGAGCCCCGGCGAAGCUCUCCCAAUUCUCUCGCCUCCGCCCUCCGAUCUUCGCCUCACUUCGACUGCCUCCACUCUCCUCCCAUUUCGGAUUCGGAACCUCCUCUUCCUCCGAUUGUGCGAGUUGCUGUGCAGGCUUGAGAGCUCAGGUUGCAGCAGUUGAGCAACCGAGUGUAGGUGUUGCUCAGAAUGUGGAAGCUCCGGUGGUUGUUGUCACUGGGGCUUCUAGAGGCAUCGGAAAGGCCAUUGCCUUAAAUCUCGGAAAAGCUGGUUGUAAGGUCUUAGUAAACUAUGCAAGGUCGUCAAAGGAAGCUGAAGAAGUUUCCAAGGAGAUUGAGGCAUGUGGCGGCCAAGCUCUUACCUAUGGGGGUGACGUUUCAAAAGAAGGUGACGUAGAAUUGAUGAUUAAAACUGUAGUUGACGCAUGGGGAACUAUAGAUGUCUUGAUAAAUAAUGCAGGAAUAACUCGAGAUGGGUUAUUGAUGAGAAUGAAAAAAUCACAAUGGCAGGAGGUUGUUGAUCUAAAUCUUACUGGCGUAUUUCUCUGCACACAGGCUGCAGCCAAAAUUAUGAUGAAAAAGAGAAAGGGAAGAAUAAUCAAUAUAGCAUCUGUUGUUGGUCUGGUUGGCAAUGCUGGACAAGCAAACUACAGUGCUGCAAAAGCCGGGGUAAUUGGAUUUACAAAGAGUGUUGCAAAGGAAUAUGCAAGCAGGAAUAUUAAUGUUAAUGCCGUGGCUCCUGGGUUUAUUGCCUCUGAUAUGACUGGCAAGCUUGGAGAAGACAUAGAGAAGAAAAUCUUGCAGACUAUCCCAUUAGGGCGGUAUGGCCAACCUGAAGAAGUCGCAGGAAUGGUUGAAUUCUUGGCGCUUAAUCCAGCUGCCAGUUACAUUACUGGGCAGGUCUUCACCAUUGAUGGAGGAAUGGUGAUGUAGAUGGCCUGGCCCCAAAAUCUUGCCAGCUUCUUCUUAGAGUUUGACAGAAAAAUAACGCCUUUAGUUAAAUUUCAUUCCAUGUAUUUAGCUUGAAGCUGUAAUUGAGUUGCAGAAAAUAGGAGGAUUUUCUUCUGUUCUUUUUUUUUUUUUUGGCCUAAGAGUAAUGAUAUACAUACAUUUUUCUUUAGUCUUUUUACAACUAUAUUUUAGAUUGAGGAUGGUUAUGUAUAAUUUGAAAUCUAAAUAAAAAAUACUUAUUUAUUUUU